AUGGGAUCAGGAGUCCCCCGUGGUAUUCGCGCUGCCAGGAAGCUGCGCAACCGCAGAAGGCGUGAGAGGUGGGCCGACAAGGCAUACAAAAAGGCCAAUUUGGGUACUCGUUGGAAGUGCAAUCCUUUUAAGGGCAGCUCCCAUGCCAAGGGCAUUGUUGUAGAGAAAAUCGCCAUUGAAGCCAAACAGCCAAACUCUGCAUAUCGUAAGAGCGUACGUGUGCAACUGAUCAAAAACGGCAAGAAGAUUACAGCUUUCGUUCCGAGGGACGGUUGUCUGAACUUCAUUGACGAAAACGACGAAGUUCUGGUCUCCGGGUUCGGUCGUUCGGGACACUCAGUCGGUGAUCUCCCCGGUGUGCGUUUCAAGGUGGUCAAGGUCUCUGGUGUUUCCCUACUCGCCCUUUACAAGGAGAAGAAGGAGAAGCCGAGAUCGUAA